AUGACGUUCUUCAACAAGCAGCUCGUCCUCGAGGUCAGGAAGCACCAGGAGCUCUGGGACCAGCACUCGAAGCUGCACAAGGAGGCGAACAUGCGGGAAGCAGCCUGGCUGGAGAUAUCUCGGGAGCUGAACGUGUCCGUCGAGGAAUGCCAGACCCGGUGGAGGACCAUACGAGACACGUACCUGAAGCGGAAGAAGCGCCAGGGCAGCGUGGUGACAAGAGGACAGUGGCAUGUCCUCGACAAGGAACUCUUCUUCCUGGACGACUUCCUCAGACCCAGAACGCGAGCUGCGCGUACGUCCCUGAGAGCGCGGACGAGCCUGGUGAAGAUGGAGAUCGAGGAGCCGGCGGAGGAGGCCACGGACGACUCGUCGCACAGCGCAACGCCGCUUGCACUGCCGGCUCCGAGCAGGGGUCCCGUCGAAGACCGGUCGCGCAGCAGAAACUGCAUCGUUCCCGACAACGCGAUCGUGGACUACGCCAUUGUGGAGCGCCUCGAGGAGUCGCAGAGGUCCGACCCCGAGGACCUCUUCUGCCUGAGUCUCGCUGCCCAACUCAGAGGGCUAGCACCCGGCCAGAGAAAUCUGGCCAAGAUGAGGAUGCUCAAGACGAUGCACGACGUCGAGUUUGGCGCCCUCGGAGACGCCACCGAGUGACCCCUUCGA